AGUUCCGGUCAAAAUGGCCGAACCAGAAGAUACGGCUAAUCUUAAAGCUCAACUUGAAGUAAUUUCGAAAGAAACUUCUUUCCUUAAGAAGUAUUUCGCUCUCAGGAAGAGAUGUGAACAAUUGCAGCAGGUAUUAUGUAAUUGCUAUCAGACCUACUUAUAUUUGUUGUUUUGUUGCGUCCUUUUUUUAAUGUUUUCCCAUGUUUUGCUUGCCUAAAAAAUAAAUUAUUAAAUAAUAAUUAAUAAUAAUACUAUUAAUACUGUACCACUGUACCGUAUGAUGUUUGAAUAAGUUUGUGUUUGGCCUUGAAAUAAGCGAAGCAAAGUAUGGGAAAACUGAAUAAGGAUGCAACAAAACAACUAACUUGUUGUCAAGCCUUCUUCAGUGAACAAACAGUAAAACAAAAAUUAAAAAACCAAAGAAAAUAAAAAUAAAAUAAACACAGCAACUUUGCUCCAAAAUGAAACCAGAAUCAACUUUUUAGCUAAAGUCUUAAGUACUUUUUGAGCUACGAAUUUUAAGUGUGAGUUCGUUAAGUUGGUAAGUUUUUUUUACUAUGGACCAUGAGCAUGGACAAAACCUCCACAUCUUGUGACCUCAUUCUGCUGAUCACGUCAUGACUAUAUAGUUUAUAUACUAUAAGGCAAUGCAUCCCCUUAUUACUAAAAUACUGUUUAUUUUAAACUUUCAACUUUGGCACAUGAUUAAUUAAUUAAUUAAAGCUUUCCCUGACCAGUCCAAUGGUUUAAUAGUUUAUGUAAAUUGUUAUGAACUUAUGAAUGAAACUACGAUAUAGCCAUUAUCUUAUGUAAGUGGGUGUGAAUGGUUGCCCAUGACAAUGUUUAGUACAUGUAAAGUUCUGGUCAUUUAUAAUAUGGACUCUACCAGGUUUUUAAAGCUCAAAUUAAAACGUUGCCGCUUAAAUGUCUUCAAAAUGUAUUCUGAAACACAAGUUAUCAAAUAUUUUGAUGUAAAUAGUGGUAAUAAUUAAAUAUUUCAUAAGUAUCGGCAUCUUCCGCCAUUAAAAGGGGGGCAUUGCCCACGCAUGUGUAAAUUAGGCUGAGCGACCUUAUGGUAAUGCAGGUUACAGGGAAAAGCGUAACGACCGUCAGAAACGACCUACAUUAAUGAGAUUUGGCACACGUAUACAUCAAUAUACAAUGGUUUUUACGAAUUAAUAUGAAAGACAUUUUCUUUGAAAUUCACAAAAAAUUGUGUAUGCGAAGAUGCCUUAUAUAUACAAAAAGUUUUUAAACAUAAAGGUCGAUUGAAAAAGCAAAAUAGCUGGAUGGAAAUUAGGCCAAUAUGUCUUCCAAAGUGAAAAGACGGAAGCCGAACUCAAUUAGGUGUCAAAAGUACUAAUUUAUUAAUGAAUGGACGCUCACAUUAAAAAAUUAAAAAGUCGGAUUUUAAUGCACAGAUGCCCAUUUCCGAUACAAAUUUUGAAGUUGUCUCCCUUGCUUUACCGAAGUACCUACUCAAAUGCCAAUAACCAAUGUUACAUCAAUAGGCACUUCAGUAUAGUCCGGGAAAUGCUUAAAACCGGGUAUCAUGAUUUGGUUAUCAAAAUGGCUAACCUCCACUGGGUCUGUUUGUUUACAAUUCUUGUGCAAAAUAUAUAUAUAUCAUAGCAUGUACAUUCUAUUUCCGCCCACAUAUUCAUCCCUGUGGUGCUAUAGCUCAUUUAGGGCUUUGGCCUGCCUCACCACUUCCUUCCUCUCAGACCUAACCAAUGCCUUUCUUUUCCAUGCUUGGACUUUCAGCUGCUGUAGAUCUUUUUCUACAUCAUCUAUCCACCUAAGCCUAGGUCUGCCUUUGAGCCUUUUUCCUCUGGGUUAUUGGUGAUGCACCCUGUUCGUUCCUCUGUCAUUUGGCAUUCUCUCUCUACUCUCUAGGUGUCCUGCCCAGCGUAGCCUGCCUCUUUUUAUUUCUGCCACUAUCGUGGGAUCCUGAUAUAGACUGUAUAACUCCUGGUUGGUUCGUAUUCUCAAUCCAUAUUCAUCCUUUGUUGGCCCAUAUAUUUUCCUGAGAACUGUCCUCUCCCAUGUGUUUAAUAGGUUUUCUGCUGUUUUUGUUAGGGUCCAAGCUUCACUUGCAUAUGUUACAAACUGAUCACAGUUUUAUAAAUAGUUUUCUUUGUUUCUCUUGUAAUGUUUUUACUUUGAGUAUUUUCUGACUACUGAAGUAUGCCCUGUUUCCGGCUGAUAUUCUUUCUUUUAUCUUCUUCUCUUCUUUAUUUUAAGGGCCCACGAUCAAUGAAUUGAUCAUUCUGGCUCCUAUGUUUCAGAGGGGUUUGCGAUGUUACUGUCCAUGGGUUUCAAUGGGAUACUUCACUGUUUGCAAGGGCGACUCAGCAGUGGUGUUAUGAACUGGGGGUUGGAAUACAGGAGGCAAUAGACACAAAUGUCUCGAGUGUAGCCGCCUCAACUGUUGCUUUUGGAAGCUUGUUCCAGUCCCCUAUUGUCUUCGGCAGGAAUGAGGAGCUUCUGUACUUUGUUCUUGUUUUUACCAGCCGGAACUGUUUGUCGUGACUUCGUCGCAGUCUAGGGGGAAGAUGAACGAGUUUCUGUUUGAUUCCGGAGCAGUGCACCAGCCCAUUUGUUAUCUUGUACAACAUGGUGAGCCUGGAUAGUCGUCGUCGUUCUUCCAAUGUCGACCAGCCCAGUGUUUCCAGCAUGCUGCCAACACUCGAGGUGCUUCUGUAGCGGUUCAUGACAAAGCGUGCUGCCCGUCGCUGGACCGCCUCCAACCUGUCUAUGCUUUUCUGGGUAAAUGGGUCCCAGACUGUAGAAGCAUACUCUAAAAUAGGUCGGACAAAGGCUUUAUAGGCUUUUUCUUUCACGCUUGAGUUGCCGAUCUUCAGAUUGCGCCUUAGGAACCCCAGGGUCUUGUUUGCCCGGUUGCACACACUGUUAAUGUGCUCGUCCCAGCGGACCUCUCUUUGGAUGGUAACACCCAAGUACUUAACGGAGGAAACUGGCUCAAGAAUAUGGCCAUGCAGUUCGUAAGAGUGGUUUAGAAGGAACCUGCUUCUGGAAACUGACAGGGUCUGGCACUUGACGGGAUGAAAUUCCAUGUCCCAGCUCAUCUCCCACUCAGCUAACCGAUUGAGGUCUUGUUGAAGCUGGCUCUGGUUAUUUCUGUUAGUAAUUCGUUUCUUUCAUUUAACAAGGAUCCUAGGUAUUUGAAUUGAUUUACUUUUUCAAAAGUUUGGUUUCUAAUUUUAAUUGUUUCAUCUGUUUGUUCCUCUCUUAUCAUGGUCAUGUAUUUUGUUUUUUGGUUGUUAACUUCCAGCCCUGCUUGUAGAGAUGCGUCUUCUAAUUCAAUAAAGGAUUUUGAUUUAAUACUUUUCCCUAGAAGUGCUAUGUCAUCAGCAUAUGCAAGAUACUGAAGUGGUUGGUUGUAGAGCGUGCCCGUUGGUUGUAGAGCGUGCCCGUUGGUUGUAGAGUGUGCUCGUUGGUUGUGGGUCUUGAGUUUCCCUCAGAAAGUAUCCUGUUAUAGUUCCUCAAGUGUCAAUGUGUAUGUUUCUGAUAACUCUCUCUAAUGUUAGGUUAAAGAGCAUACAAGACAGUGAGUCUCCCUGUCUUAGGCCUUGUCUAAUAUGAAAUUCCAUUGAAUAUUCUCCUUGAAUCUUGAUUUUGCUUUUUGAGUUGUUUAGUGUUAUAUGUAUUAGCCUUGUCAGUUUGUUGGGUAUCCCAAACUCCUGCAGAGUCUCAUAUAAAUAGUUUCUUUUGAUGCUGUCAUAGGCCAUUUUAUAGUCUACAUAGAGUUGAUGUACUGGUUAAUUAAAUUCAUAGCAUUUCUCUAAUAGGCAUCUGAUGGUGAAAAUCUGAUUAGUCGUUGAUCUGUUAGGCCUGAAUCCACAUUGGUAAUCACCUAGUAUUUCUUCAGUGUAAGGUUAUGGUCUUUUGGCAAUAAGCUUCGUCAGUAUUUUGUAUGUAUCAUUUAAUAGGGAGAUUCCUCUGUAGUUUGUGCACUGAAGUUUGGAGCCUUUCUUGUUUAUUGGGGUUAUUAAUGCUGUUUCCCAUUCUGUUGGGAUUUUCUCUUCUUGCCAAAUUUUAGUUAUAAGUUUAUGUAUCUGAUUGUGUAGUUCUUUUCCUCCAUAUUUUAUCAGUUCUGCUGUGAUAAGGUCUUGUCCAGGGGCUUUGUGCUUUUUCAUGUAAUUAAUUACCUCUUUGGUUUCUUCUAGGGUUGGGCAUUGUAUAAAAGGGUCUGGUCCUCCCUGUUGGAGUUGAUAAUCUUCUUCUUGUCUAUUGUCUGCAUUCAGUAUGUCCUCAAAAUAUUCAGCCCACCUCUCCAAUACUUUACUAUUUUUCGUGAUUAAUUCUCCAUUGUGGCUCUCACAUAUUUGCGGUCUGGCUUGGUAUCCAUUCUUUUCAUCUUUUAUCUUCAUGUACAUUCCUCUUAUAUUUCCCUCUCUUAUUGACAAAUCUUCUAUUUCCUUUAGUUUAUCCUUUUCCCCAUUCCCUCUUUUUCUUCCUACACAUUUUUGUUGCCCACAUAUUAGAAUAGACAUAUUGUUUUUUCAUUAGACACUUUUGUUUCAAAAAGAUUUUUUGGUCUUCCCUUUGAAAAUUUAAAGUAAAAUAAAGCUAAAUUUACUAAUUUAUAUAUUUUUGUUGAAAAAGGGUUGUCUUUUAAUUUAAAAUUCGACCAGAGAUAAUUGCAUAAAUAAAAACAUAUCCAAAUUCAUGAGGUCAGGGCCAACGAAUGGGUGAAUAAAAUUUGUGCACACUUUUUGUCUUCUUCUUAUGGUAUUAUUCCUUUUUUACCCUGUCUGGGGCAAAGGCUGUCCAAAAGAAUUUUCUAUUCAUCACGGCCCUUUGCUUUCCUUUCCAGUUGCUUCCAGGUGUAUCCCAUAUUUUGCAUGUCUGCCUCUAGCUCACGUCUCCAUGUAUUCUUUGGCCUUCCUCUCUUUCUUUUUCCCGGUGGAUUCCAUGUUAGAGACUGUCCGGUGAUGCUAUUUGGGGGUUUUCAGAGAGUAUGCCCUAUCCACCUCCAUCUUCUCUUUAUGAUGUCUUCAUCAAUACACACCUGGUAAGUCCUUUCUAGUAGAUCUUUGUUAGUGAUAGUAUUUGGCCAUUUGAUGUUCAGGAUAUUUCCAAGGUAUGUGUUUAUGAAGGUCUGUACUUUCUGUGUAAUGCUCGCGGUUUUUUUCCAAGUUUCUGCUCCAUAUAGUAGAACUGUUUUGACAUUAAUGUUAAAGAUUCUGACUUUGGUUUGCAGCUUCAGCUCCUUCGACCAUAUUUUCUUUAAUAGCACAAAUGCUGAUCUAGCUUUUCCAAUUCUGGCCCUUACAUCCUCUUCAGAUCUGCUAUUUAUGUCGAUGGUGCUGCCUAAGUAUGUGAAGGACUCCACUUCUUCCAGUGCCUUUCCUGUCAGAGAGAUAUGCUCUUGGUUGGCUGAGGUUAUCUUCAUGAUCUUCCUCUUGCUUUUAUUUAUAUUGAGUCCGAGCUGUGCUGAAAUGGUGGUCACGUCUUUCAUCUUUUCCUGCAUUUUUGCUGGUUGUGGUACAGAAGUGCAAUUGUCAUCUGCAAAGUCUAGGUCAUUCAGUUGUUUGCAGAGUGUCCACUGUAUCCCGUUCCUCUUUUUGUCUGUGGAUUUUUUUCAUUAUCCAGUCAAUGGCAAGGAUGAAUAGAAAGGGGGACAAGAGACAUUGAGACAAAAAUAAAAAGUGUAUCUUGUGCAUCCCAAGAAAUAGUGUGCUCUUUGUUUUUUUAACUCACUCCAGUUUCCACUUUAAAGUCAUCUGUGAGUCUACCUUCGUGGACCACCCUACAUGCCAUUUCUUCAUAAGAACUCUAAAUGAUCCUGACUAGUUUUCCUGAUACUCCAUAGUGCAGAAGAAGUUUCCACAAGGUUUAUCGGUCCAGGCUAUCAAAGGCCUUUUCGCAGUCUAUAAAAUUUAUAUAUAAGCGGGGAGUUCCAUUCAAUGGAUGGUUCUACAAUGAUUCUUAAUGUUGGAAUUUGAUCUGUGCAUGAUCUGUUUCCGCCGAAGCCAGCCUGUUGAUCUCGUAAACUGCAUGUGGACCUGGUCUCUCAUUCUAUUGAAAAUAAUUCUGUUAAAGACCUUUCCUAGUACAGACAGCAGUGUAAUUCCUCUGUAAUUUGCACAAUUGCAAGUCAUAUGCAUCCUCAACGCUUAUGUAAUAUUUGGAUAGCCAUAUAGGUGAGAUGGGGAGGGUGUAUGAAUAUUUUUUAACUUUUAAUUUUUAUUUUGCGUACCGGGUAUGUUAUAUAUGGAUAUCCCAUUGUCCAAACAGCUCUGGCGUUCGAAUUUGGCUACACUGGUGAAUGUGCACAUUGCGUGAUUUUAAUGUUACCAUAAAUGGAAUCGGGGAUACUUUUUGUUUUUGGUACAGUAGUUUCUUUUACUUAAUAUAUAAAACCCGUUUACUCUUACGAUUUUGGCGUACAAUGUAGGAUUUUGAAAGUCUUUUGCGAUUGUACAUCGAAAAUGGAAAUUCCUUUUUUUUUUGUGAACCUGAUUGCAGUCUCUCCCCUUAUUACCAGUUUAUAUGUACGCCGAAACCUGUCAGAACUACCAUUUUAAGAGACUAGGUUGAAAAUAUAUACAUUCUGGUAUUUUUUUCCUGGAUUAAAAAAAAAAAAUAAUAAUUAUUAAAAGGCUGCGACUAUUCGCACCUGAGUACCAGAAGUGAGAGGUUGGGGAAAAAAAACUAUUGAAAAUAUUAUUGCUGGGUUUGUAAGACAAAAUGAGGUAUCAAAUGAAAGAUAAUUGAAUUGACUAUAUGUUUGUAAACUUACCUCUUCAGUUUAACUAAAAUAAACUACCACAAAUGACAUCCGAAUGGGAUUUAGUUUAUAGGUAUCCUCAUUGCGAUUGUGCAAACCUAUUUACAGCUUUCAAACUAAUACGAAUUUUACAAAUAAUCUGUACCUUUGAUAUUGAAACAAGUAAUAAAUAUUUGUAGAAAUAAAGUCACCUGUAAGAAUAUUCCAGAAGAAAAUGAUAUAAUGUAACAUGUUUUCCUCUUAAAAGGAAAAAACAAUGGCACGAUAAUUCAAGAAUUACACAAGAUAUUUUACUACUUUUCACUGGUGUUUUUAAAAGAACAAUCAUGAUAACUGGUACUUACUUGAAGCUUAUAGCAAGGACUUCAUUUCCAUAUAAGUCCUAACAUAAUAUUAUAAUAGAUUUAAUGGCUUUAAUCAGACAGACUUUUAAAGAAAGAAAAAUGUUGUUUGAACUCAAUACAUUUUAAAAAAAAAAGAGAUGCUGAUCAGUAAUUUUAUAAAUUUAAAAAAACUGCUGGCUUAAGAUUUUUGAAGUACUUUUUAAGAAAAAAAUAUGUAGUAAAAUUGUGCUUUCUCCAUGUGAAAACCACUUUAAAUUUCUUUUUCUCUAAACAAAACCUUAAAAAUAAUGGUCAAUUUUAGUCAUUAGAAAGAUGCAACAACACACCAACUUUGAGCUUUGUAUAUUUAAAAUUAAAGACAUUUUUUCCAUCUAAAAAAAUUUUAAAUUAAAACCUUGCUUUUAUUCUUUUGCUGUAUUUACAUAAAAUCCUUUUUCUUUGUCUUCUAUCCUCCGCACUUUAACAGAGUAAUACUUCUAUCUUGUAUGUUACUAUUUUUUUUGUAAUUGUGCCAUGAUUAAGUGUUUUAAUUGAGUUAAAUUGAUUAAAAAUGAUGUGUUUAUACAAUUAUUUUUUCUUAAAUAUUUAUUUUUGCAGUCAAAUGAAAAAAUGGUAAAUAGGAUUCAGCAUGUGAAAAAGUUGAUUAAAAGGUACAAGAGGGAUAAAAGGUAAAGCAUAAAAAUCAUUAAAAUGUUAAAUAACUAGAAUUUUUCAGAAGCACAUAUUUUUGAAUAAUAUUUUUAUAUCUACAAAAAGUUGUUUAGUUCUAUGUGACACAAUAUUUACCAUUAUAAAAUUUUAAGAAUAAUGAAUGUUAUAAACAUUUUGACAAUGUUUCACUAUAAUACAGAUACUUGAGUUCUCGACUUGAUGAGCAUGGUGACAAUUUUAGAGAUGUUCAAGUCCCUCUUAUGUGGGAGGUAGUGUUCAUUCCAUUUUAAAUUUCAAUCUGCUACAGUCUGGUUUACUUGACUGGCUAUUUAUUAGUUUCAUUAUCUCAUGUAAAAUAUGUCAAACUUUUCAAUUUUAAAUUUACGGUUAAGUAAAGCAUACACAUAUUUAAGUUAUAAAUUUAAUUGAAGACCCAUGUAUUUAAUGAUGAAAUAAUAAUAUUUUGCUUAUUUUCUAUUACUUUGAUAAACUGUAAGGCUUCAUUAUAAUGAAAUUAUUAUAUUUAUCUGCGUCAUGUUUUUUCCAGGAGGAUCAGAUGUAUGGCAACAUAAGGACACCUGGAAUGUUUCAAGGCACUGGAUCAGAUUCUGAAACAGAAGGCAGGAGUAGACUAGAACACAAAUCAGCUUUGUCUUCUAUACAACCUCUCCUUCAAGCACAUGGACUUGGGAACAUUGAUGCAAAGGCACGCAAGGUAAAAUUGGAAUCAAUUAAUUACAUGCUAAAAUAAAAGUUCACAGUUAACUUGAAGAAAAUAAAAAGAAACAUGUGUCAAGUGACUUAAAUGUGUUAAUUCUUAAGUCAAAUCACUUUUGCUUAGUCAUGAAUGAAAGAUUGGAGGUUUUCUGACAUUGGUUUUGAAACGUUGUGGAUCAUUGGUAUCAAUUUUAGAAUAGAAUAUAUUUUUGGGUACAAAUUUACAGUAAAAAUGUAAAUAUUAUUCACAUGGAAACAAGAUACAAUUUAUAAUAAAUUGUUAAAUACCUUUUAUACCUUUUGGAGUAAUGCUCUUAAAGAGCAUACACUAUUCAUUUUCAUCUCUAAACUUGUUUUUAUUCUUUAAUCAUAAAAGGAAUAAUUCAAAUCUCAAAUAUUUUAAUUGUAAAGAGUGCACAAAAGGCACUGUUCUGAAAGCUAAAACUCAGCAAAUAUCCUUCAUUUUAAAAUAAUAUUGGAAUCUGAUAUAUAAAAUAAAGAACAGUUCUGAAACUCAAAGAACAAUGGGUAUGCCAGAUCUACAACAAAAAUGAAUAAUUAUCUCUGGUGCAGCAAGUCAUUAAGUUAACGUUACUGCAAUAUUUACAGAAUGAUAUGAGUUGUGUAAUCAAGUCGGUGAUAGAACUCAACUUUCUUUGAUUAUAAAAUAUUUCUUUCUUCAAGGUAGAUUUAUGCUUUAAGCAUUACUUACCAAGUGAUUAACAAAAAGUAAAGACAUAGCGGAACUAGGAGCUUAUUAGCAGUUGUAUCAAUAUUUGGUCAUUCUGAAUUUAUCAACAUUGUAAAUGACAAAAGUAGUAGUAACCUGAAAAUUCAGCCAGAAGAGUAAUAUUGCUUAAGAUUAGUUUUGGGCCUCUUGUGAUUCUAUGGAAACAUAUUGAUUAGAUAGGCAUUAAAUUGUUAAGAUAUGCACCACACCUUCAAAAUGAGGGCUUACUUUUGACACAUCACAUUUUCUGUUGUUGAUAACUUAAAUACAGGUUUUGAUAGCAAACAUUCACUCACUGUGUACAUGCAGGAGAAAAGUAAAAAGUGUAUCUUGUGCAUCCCAAGAAAUAGUGUGCUCUUUGUUUUUUUAACUCUUGAUUACUUGUUUUAAAUGUUAUCAAAUUUUGUUAUUAAAAGUGCUAAUGGAUUAAAUUUCAAUCACUUGGUGUUUUGUUAGAUUAAGACAGAAAAAGAAAAAGACCCAAAUGCGCCAAAGAAACCUGCAAAUGCUUUUCUUAUGUUUUGUACAACGCAGCGCACAUCUCUUCAAGAAGAAUACUUCAAGGUGAGAAAACAAUGUUUGUUAAUAUGGUAUGCAAUUCCACAUGCAAUGCAGGCUAUAGGUUUACUUUUAGAGCAUCACUGAGCAAAAUGAAAUAUGUUUAUUAAUGUUUAGUAUUGAUUGCCUCCAUAUGCAGACAAAAGAAUAUUUUAGGUGCCUUAAUUGGCAAAUGUUGAUUCAUUUCUUUGUUGCUUUAUGUUGUAUUUUUUAAAAAGUAACUCCUUUUGUUAUUCUAGGAGCAUAAUGAAGAGAUUGCCCAUCAUGAACUUACUAAAUCUCUGGCUCAACAAUGGAACACACUUGUUCCUGAGGAGAAACGGGUAAGAUGUUUAAUUAACUUAACUGUUUUGUUUCAUAUUAUAAUAUGUUUACUGUUGAAUAACCUAAAAUUAUAGUAUGAAUUUCAUGCAUUAAGACAGAAAAUUCUGAGUUUUUUUUAAAAAUUAUAAAUUAUAAAGUAAUAUAUUUAGAUACUUUUAAAUUUACUUUCAACUUCUUGACACGUUCGCGGUCGCCCCCCACCCCUCCUCUUUAAAACCUCAUAAUUUAUCAUUAGUUCAUGGUUUGUUCUAACUUUCUACUUUUUGCAGAUUUACUAUGAGAUGUAUGAAAGAGAAAAAGAAAGGUAUGAGCGAGAGAUGCGCAGCUAUAAACCUAAAUUGGAGCCCGGUAGUGAUGCUAAUACCAGCACAACUCUGGAACCAAGCAGCUCCACAAGUGAAGUACUAAAUAUAUCUUUCAAAGAAGAGCUUGAUGUAUAAUUGAAACAAGUUAAUGUUGGACUAUUUUAUUUGAUCUUUAAUUUAUGCUUUAUGAAUGCCAUGAAAGGUUUAUCAAUUGAAAAUAUGAAAGAAUUUUCAGCAUUUUUUUAAUUCUCAAGAACAGGUCAAUAGUGAUCUGUAGGGUCACACUUCAAGCUUUGCUGAUAAAGUAUAAUUUUUUUCAUUUGGCAUUUUAAAUGUAUACAUAUUAUGUUAGAGUGCUGAACAAACUUUUAUAUUUGAAGUUCAAAUUAGGUCAAGUAAUAGUCAUUAUGUAACUAAGUAAAUUUAAAAAAAAAUUAAAUUGCCAAUAGACAAACAGCUGGCAUUUGUUUCCUUGAAUUAUAUCUAGUUAACCAUUACUGUAGACCUGUGAUGAAUUUGUAAAAAGCAUUUCCCAGUGUAAGGACCGUGCUUAUAGACUUAAGUUGUACCCUUUUUACUAGUAGCGAAAUUGGAAAAAGUCAUCAGCUUUCUUUAGUAACUCAAUGUUUUGGAUACAUUUUAAUUUAAAUUAUCUAUACUUUUUUGUGCAAUAAAUUGGGUAAAUUAUGUAAAAAUGUGUAAGACCCCAAAAUUUCACUGCACAAUUAUUAAUACAAGUACCCUAUGAUUAUAAAACAAUUUAAGAGCCCACCAAAAUAUGACAUAAAUGUAAUGUUUUGUUUGUAGGUGUAACAUUUAAGCUACUUCUUUGACAUACAGGUAUGCAGCAAAAAUUGAAUAUUAUAUAGAUGCAUAUUUGGACAGGGUCAAAAUAGUUGUGAUAACUGAAUUUUGAUUCUUGAAUUUGUAAUGUUCCAGCCAUUGUUAAAAGCUUUUGUAGUAAGCAAAUGAAGUCUUGUGAUCAUUAUUGGGUGCCUUCGAUUUAAUUAAUCAUCUGCUUAAUCAUGGCCACUAGCUAUAACAACACUAGGAUGAGUUGUUUUGGGCAAUUUAUGUAUUUAUGAUAGUUGGCAAGGUUUGAGUGUGAAUAGGCGGAAUUUGCUGUCAAAGUCUGCAUUUGGUUAUUCGAUGUUAGUAAUCUACAAUUGACAAUUAAAUAUAUAGGUCUAAUCUUAUUUUUGUGAGCCUUAAAUAGUAUUAAUUUGUUCAAUUUUACAAAUUUCCAUUUUUAGGCCCUUCAUAUGUGUAAAUAAAGCAAAAUACACAUUUAUCAAACAAGGGAAGAUACAGAAAAGCUGUGGUUAAAAAUAAAAUUUUCUCUUAUAAUACUAAGCGAUAAAAAAAAAAGAGAUAAAAUUAAUCACUAGAUAAAAGUCUGUCAAAAUUGUGCGUUUUUAGAAAUCAGUUUUUAUUUGUGCCUUAUUUGAUAAUUGAUGAAUGUCUUUCUUAUGAAAUAAAUUAUUGAAUAAUUUCAAAAGAACAAUUAGAUUGCAUUUUAAACAAUGUAAAUAUGUUCGCAUAUUAUUAUUUUAAUAGAUUAUGCACAAUAAUGAGAAUUCUUAUUAUAAAAGUGUAUUGUUUUUUAAAAUAAAUUAUAAAGACUGCCAGUAUUAGAAUAAAUAUUCAAUAUCUGCAUUUUAAUACACAUUAAUUUAAUAAUUUUAUGCUGUUUAGUUGCUAUGGAUGACAAUAUUUGUUUGUGAAAAUUGUUAAAUAUGUUUCAGCAGGGUGUCUUUUAAUUUAAAAAUAUUGUGUGACUGCUUUAAACAAACUUUAACAGUUUUUGUUAAUUAAACCAAAACAUUUCAAUUAAAUAUUGGAGAAAAUUUUUGUUUCUUCCUGUGAUUAAAUUGUUGCAAGAUAAAUAUACUGGAUCAGUGCACAGCAACCCAAUGCUCCAAGGCCACAUUAAGCUCUGUGAAUUAAGCUCUUUUUAAUCCUUUAUAUUAACUUCGUUUUUGGUUGUGUAUUCAUGGAAAAAAUGUUUCUACGGUUAACUGACCCACUUCCCAUCAUCCUAUCGAGCUGAAAUUGGGUAAAUAGACUCAUUUUGAUGACAACACAAUUAAAUUAUCAGCCCAACCCUAAAAAUCUUUUUUCCUGUA